AUGUUCUAUCUUUCUUGGGCGAUUCUUCUCGCUGGAAGCAUAUGUCUUAGUCACUUAGUCUGGUCAUACCUUCAGGAGGAAAAAUCAUGGCGCCGUUCCAAUAUUCCUCGGCCACUUGGCCACCCUAUUUUUGGCUCUAAACACCAGCUUGGCUCACACCCCGCGAAGCGACUCGAGAAAUUGGGCCUUUCAGAAGGAGAGCUCUUUUCCGUCAAGUUUGGAUUCAAACAUUUUGUCUAUGUGAAUAGCUACGAUGCAGUGCGGGAGAUAUUUGAUCGGCAAGCCACCAAAACUUCAGCAAAGGGUCCCUGGAGAGGUGCCACGCAGAUCGUGUCUGGCUUACGCAUUGCCAUCAUGCCUGGGAACAUGCAAUGGCGUCGAUUGCGAACGAUCUUGCAUCGCCUGCUACAUCCGACUGUGGCGCGAUUUUUCCGACCAAGUCAAGAAUUUGAAGCGAAGCAACUCUUAUGCGACCUACUUGAGAGUGGGGGAAAAGAUGUCGUCUGCAAAGAACAAGCGCAUCGAAUGGCCCUCUCAGUAAUCAUGACCUCAACGUAUGGUCAUCGGGUGGCCUCAAUGCAGGAGGACCCGAUUUGUCACCAAGUCGACCAGAUUAUGCAAGAUUUUUCACAAGCGACUGCCCCCGGCGUUUUCAUCACCGAUCUCAUCCCACAGUUAGAUAACUUACCCGUGCGGUUACAGUGGUGGCGGCCCCAAGCGCGCAAGUUCCACGAGCGCCAGUAUGCAGUCUGGAUGCCCCUGUGGCAGGAACUCCGGCGGAGGGUGACCGAGGGCACAGCUCCUUCAUGCUUUGCGAAACACUUCAUGGAAGCCGACAUGCAGCGCUUUCAAAUUGAUGAGACCCAAGCCGCGUUCUUGGCUGGAACCCUCAUAGAAGCUGGAUCCGACACAUCUGCGUCUGCACUAAAUAUUGCCAUUAAAUACCUAGCUGCAAAUCCGUCUGUUCUCGACCAAGCUCACGCGGAAGUGUCCCGUGUGGUCGGCGAUGACAAAUCCCCGUCUUUUGACGACAUCGAUCGACUGCCGUUCAUACAUGCCUGUAUCAAAGAGGUCUCACGUAUCAGACCUCUGACAAAAUUCGGAACAGCUCACUAUACAACCGACAUGGUGACAUACAAGCAAUACCGAAUCCCGCCAGGUUGCUUCGUGGUGAUCAACCAAUGUGCCAUCCACAACAAUCCCGAGUACUAUGACCAGCCGGGUCAAUUUGACCCAGGGCGCUACUUGAGGCCGCCUUUUGAAGACUGUAAUGACGAGCAAGAGAAAUUCAAUUCAAAUGCCAUCAAAGCCCAUCUCAACUUCGGGGCAGGUCGACGCAUCUGCCCUGGGCUUCAUGUGGCAGAGAGCAGCCUCUUCAUUGCUUUGGCUAAACUUGUUUGGCUCUUUGAUAUUCAGCCCGAGGCUGACAAAAACGGAAAUCCAUUGCCGAUGGAUGUUUCUGAUGCGGCAUUUGAGGAUGGAGCGAACAACGUACCUAAGCCGUUCCGGGUACGCUUUGUUUCGCGCUCCGCAGCCCGUGAAGAAAGAGCGUGGAAAGAUUGGAAAACGGCAAAAAUGUUCGGAUUUGAGAUUCGUGAUGUCAAGGUUAACCUAGAUGGAGUCAUUGUAGAGUAA